GCAGGAAUUUUUAACGGGAGGCAAAUUUUGCCCCCGUCCUCGUUUCCCAUGAGGAACAGGGAUCCCCGCGGGGAUCCCCAUUCCUCACCAAUUAACAUCAAAUAGCUCUGGCAACAGUAGCAAGGCAAAUGGCUUAGGCUGUUCAGCAGCGGCAGCAACAGCAAGCUCCGGUGGCGGUAGCAGCAGCAGCAAAUGGGUUCGGCAGCAGUAGCAGAUGAGUCCGACAGCAGCAGCGGAGCAGAUGUCUUUGGCUAUUCAGCGCAGCAGCAGCAGCAAAUGGGUCAGGUGAUGGCAGCAACAUAUGGUCCGACAGCAACAGCAGAUGGCUCUGGUGGCAGCAACAGCAACAGCAGGGAAACUGAAGGUGAGAUGGACGUGAGAGAUGUGUGAAGCUACAGUUAAAAAGAUUAAGUGAUGGGAAUUAAAAUAAAUUAGGGUUAGGGUUAAAUGUAGGGGAAUGGGUUGGGUUGGGAGUUGGGUUGGGUUUGAUAGUAUUUGGUUAAAUUUAAUUGUAAUUGGAUUAAAUUUGGGUUUGGGUUUGAGUUUAAAGAAUAAAUUAAUUUUAAAAUA